CCACGCACCAUGGACUUUCACCACACUUUCACAUCAACAUACUACACAUGUUCAUAGAUUUCCUCAUUCACUUCCACCAGUGAUUUAUUCCUAUCUUGAUUUACGUAUAACAUACCUUGCUCAGUGCUUACUCAUACAAACAAAACAUACAUCAAUUGCUUGAUGAUAUUACCACAUCACCUCCUACCAGACUCAUCUAGAGCCUCAUGAAUCACGAUAUACUAAUGGGAUUUUGUUGUGGUUGCCCAAAAGUAAUUUGCUUUCCUCUGAGUCUCUAAAAUCCCCAUCACCCCACUUCGCGGAUAAACAACCGAACAUAGUUAAGCCCCGCCAUUUCAUUCGAUUUUGCGGAGUAACAUCACGAGCAACCAAAAGUGGAAGGUCGAAAUAGGAAAAAUCUUGGAAGGAACCACAUAGGUAAGAUUACUACCUAGUAGGUAUUUGUUUAUUUUGAAUUUUUUCAUUGGAAAGAAAAUCGAAAACUUCUUUUUGCAACAACAAAUCUGUACAUAUUUCGGCGUUACCUCGAAAUCCAAAAAGAAAUAUGCCAGAAAAGAUCCUAGACGACAUCUCACACAGGAGAUUUAACCCAUUGCGGGGUACUUGGCUUCUUGUCUCCCCUCAUCGUACUAAGAGACCAUGGCAAGGACAGCAAGAAGCGGCUUCGAAGAUUACACUUCCGGAAUAUGAUGCUGCGUGUUACUUAUGUCCAGGAAACAAACGCGCCCAGGGAGAUUCUAACCCACAAUAUAAAGACACUUUCGUUUUUGUGAAUGAUUACAGUGCGGUUAAAGAGGUUCAAGCUGAGUAUACGCAGGAUGGGGAAUCAAAAGAUCUCUCGAACACUCUCCUACGCGCGGAGCCCGUUACAGGAAAAUGCUAUGUUCUAACAUUCUCUCCUUCGCACAACCUCACACUCGCAGACCUCACUCCUGCUCAGAUUCUUCCCGUGAUACAAACAUGGACAGAGAUCUACGCCGCACAUUUGUCUCCUUCCUCACCCCUGGCAAGUGUAGCUCAACCUACUACCCUUGCACCCUCGGGCCAUAAUAUCGGAGCCCCAAAUCAACAGUACAAAUGGAUGCAAAUCUUCGAGAAUAAAGGUGCGGCAAUGGGUUGUUCGAAUCCCCAUCCCCACGGACAAAUAUGGACUACAACCGGAUUACCCGAAGAGCCCGCUUCCGAACUCGUUAAUCUCCUUAAAUAUCGCCAGGAAAAUUCUGGACGACAUUUGUUGGAAGAUUAUGUCAAGCUUGAGAUGGAAAAAGAAGAAAGAAUCGUAUUUCAGAAUGAGAGCUUCUUGGUAGUUUGUCCAUGGUGGGCAACCUGGCCAUUUGAGGUCAUGAUCAUUAGCAAGACACAUAAAAGAGGUCUGGUUGAUUUGAACGAUGCAGAGAAAUUGGGAUUUGCGGAGGCUGUUGCGGAAGUCACGAGAAGAUACGAUAAUUUGUUUGAGACUAGCUUUCCUUACAGCUCCGGCAUUCACCAAGCUCCCUUGGAAGGUACUGAAGAGGAGAUCAAUGCUUCUUACUUGCAUAUGCAUUUCUAUCCUCCUCUUCUUAGAAGUGCAAGCGUGAGAAAGUUCUUGGUCGGAUAUGAAUUAAUGGCCGAACCACAAAGAGAUAUCACCCCAGAGCAAGCGGCUGCUAAGCUAAGAGCAUGCGGCGGAGAAUUAUAUAGGAAGAAGUUGUAG